AUGGUGCACUAUACUUGGUUUCUUUGUCUCAAGCCAGCGCUGCUUGCGGAGACGGGAAGGUACGGUACAUUGGACGUUCCUCAAGAUGAUAGUGUGGCUUCAUUUCUGCACCGUUACGGCUUCCAUGAGGACAUCGAAGGUCUGGAUGUGCCAUUGCAGCCCGUGUUUUUCCCGUUGUUCUGCGCUGCAUGCGAGGGGAACAUGGCGAUUGUCAGGUCGCUGGUUGAAUCGCGCGCGGAGGUGCCACGACGACUUCUGCAAGUGGGCGUCUCCGUGUUGGAGGCCGUUUGUCUUUGCGGUCACGCCGAGAUUUGUGCAUAUCUGCUCGACCACGGUGCGGAAUUGAACAGCGCCUCGCAAUUAGAUGGCAUGUCCGCUGUGCACAAAGCUGCCUCAGGUGGAUCCCCCAGUGUGCUCCGCAUUCUGCUUGACAGGCGUGCCGACAUAAACGCUCGGAUGCUGGAUUCGAGGACGCCGCUCAUGUGUGCCGCGAACGCAGGGAACUGCGAUUGCGUCACCCUUCUGCUGGAAGAGGGAGCGGAUUGCGCCGCAACCGAUGACAAGGGGUACACUGCGAAGGUCUUGGCCGCGAUAGUCAGAGAGCACGGCGUACUGGCUUGCAUGAAGGGCAAAGCUGACUGCGAUAGUGUCACUCAUGAGGUGUAA